AUGCCUUCAGAAGCAUCCAUCAGCCAUUUCAAGUCGACCAAUGAGCUGAACGGAGACGGUCUUGUGAACGGAGCCUGCACUCCCAACUCGACCGCCUCCAAGCCGAAGGUACCGGCCUCUGGAGGGCACCAUUCGACGUCCAGCCUCGGCCAUCCGGCGCCGGGCCAGCUGAGCAAGCCGUCGUCCGGAGCCACCGUCAACGGACGCUCCGGCCAUCCGGUGUCCGGCCGGGUUGCCACGACUGCCAGACCGGCCUCUGCGUCGUCCGAGUCGACCGAGUCUGGCGUACCGAUUGGGCCCGGGGGUCAGACGAAGCCAUCCGCCGGUGUCAACGGUGCGUCUGUACCCAACUGUCUGUCGACUCCCACCUCCAGCAGCAUCAACAGCAACAGCAACAUCAACACCGUUACAAGCAUCACCGCCGGCAACAUGAACAACAAUUGCACCGACGUUGGUACCGGUUCAUUCUCGACAUUGACGACGUACAAGCAGCAUCUGCUCUACGACGACCUGCAGAACAUGGCGUCGACCAGUCUGGACGCGUCUAGCGACUGCGGCAGCAGCGAGACCGACCGACGCACCAACUUGAUCGUCAACUAUCUGCCGCAGAACAUGACGCAGGAGGAGAUACGCACCCUGUUCGGCAGAGUUGGCAGACUGGCCAGUUGCAAACUGGUCCGCGACAAGACGACCGGUGAGUACAUCAUCAACUUCUGCCGAUUGGAAGCACUGCCUCGAAGACUUGGUGACAGGAAAUGGCAGAUGCAACCAUCGAGCCAAUAG